ACUUGUACAACCAACGUCGAACCUGGGUUGGAUGAACGUAUUGUCAUACACAUCGUUUCAGCACUUCCCCUAGUCAGAUAACGGUGGGACCUCCGACACCAUGCGACCUUGAAUCUGUACGAUGAGGUUCGUUCCUUUGAUUCCAGGAUUCCCGGCACCCGCGUAGCAUCAACCUUGGAAUCACUCGUCUUUUCGAAUGACACGCGUGCUGCCAAACUCCGAUCACUGAAAGAGAUGGGGAAAGAACAUAAAUUCUCUCUCCGCAGUCUGUUCCGCAGGGGUAAGACGGCAAAUGGAUCCCCAUACGACCUUCAGCUUGACUCUUCUGAGCCUGUCUCUGGCCCCGAAGCUUUUCAGACAGCAACCUGGCAAAAUACGGAGCAAACGGUCGCAAUGCAACAGCGCACGGCGAAUUCCUGUGCAACGUUCUUGGACAUUGGCUCAGGAUACUCUUGCGACCGCCUUCGGAUGUUGGAGUGCCGGGAGGAAGGCUGCACAUUUUGUACUCUAAUCCUCGAAGGUCACGCAUCAGUUGGUGUAGGGAAUGUAAUUGAGCUAGUGCUUCGCAUGGACCAGGAGCCAUGCUCGGUCUUGCGGGCACGCGUUCAUGACCCCUUGGGUUAUCGGAAUUUUGAGUUCUAUCGAUCGCUAGGCCACAACGAUGCAGAUGGUACUCCAAGCCAAUUGUCUGUAUCCCGCCCAGAAAAGCACAUGGUCUAUGGGAGGGACACUAUCCAUCCACAGCCCCUGUCCUGGAUUGGCGCCCGCCCGGAAGUAGCAGAAGAUGGCAUCCGCCAUGAGUGCCUAUCUCGUGCUCGCGUAUGGCUACAGAGGUGCAAAGAACAACACAAGCUCUGCUCUCCUCUACACAUUGGGAGUGACCUCCCGGGUGGCUUUACAAAUUACUCUCCCAAUUCUCUCCCAAGGCGCGUUAUUGAUGUUGGCUCCGUUGAUGAGCUUCCACGGUUAUGUGACUUCACAGCUGUCUCCGCGCCUAGCAAAGCAUACGCUACCCUCAGUCAUUGCUGGGGUACCCAUCAGAGCUACAAAACGGAAAGACAUACGCUUCGCGGUCGCAUGGCGGGGAUGCCGUGGGACGAGAUACCAAAAACUUUCAAGGAUGCCAUCAUUGUAGCCCGCUUCUUGCAGCUACGAUUCCUUUGGAUAGAUUCCCUCUGUAUCGUUCAAGACGACCUAAACGACUGGGCAAAAGAGUCGUCCAAGAUGUCUCACAUAUACGCCAACGCCACUAUCACUAUUGCAGCGGCCGCAGCGGCCGAUGAUAUGCGUGGAUUCUUAGGCCAAAGGCAUCACCUCAACAGUCCGGUCCUUCAUUCAACAGAUGGCUUGAUUAAAAUCCGUAGAGACAUUCACCGCGAUCUUUCCGAGCCGGGCCGUCUCAUGACGCGGGCUUGGGUAUUCCAGGAAAGGCUCCUCUCGAGGCGAAUCUUGUACUUUGAGGAACAUGAGAUGGUGUGGGAGUGUAGGAGUGCGAAGCUGUGCGAGUGUGGGUCGGAUUUGACCUUGGCCAAGUAUCGACUGCCGGAGCAGAUGCUCACCAGGGCCACUGAAGCAAAAUUCAGGGAAGCUUCACCUCUCACCACAUACGACUUUACCCAUCCAACGAAGGAGAACAGUGAGACGUUUGCAUGGUGGCGGGAAACUAUUGUACAUCAAUACACUGCGCUGCAAUUGACAAAAUGGACGGACCGACUCCCCGCUCUCUCUGGACUCGCAGCCAUUACGGUUGCAAAAACACAGGACACUUACCUCGGUGGAAUCUGGAAAUCGGAGCUGAUUCACGGAUUGCUUUGGGAGCCAAAUUGGGGUAACCAAAGCCCAAAGAUACCGAGUGAUUAUCUCGCACCUUCAUGGUCAUGGGCAAGCCUCCCUUGCCAAAUAUCGUAUACCCGGGUUAGCCCCACCACUGAGCUCGCUACUCUUGUUAACCAUGAUAUCCGUCUCGCCACUGUGGAUCCAACAGGGUCAUCUCUUCUGGGAUACUUCGGUUGCGAUGUCACAUAGUCCGCCAGACCCUACACUGCUCGGGAGACGGCAAGUUGUCUUGGUCAGGCAAUUUCACAUUGCCAAGGCGCAUCUUCGACCUUCGCAUCGUUUUGGAUGAACCAAGCCGAU